UCGCCGCAGCCGCAGGCGGCAGCCUCCUCUUUUUACGUUAUGCAUGUUUCCUGGGUAUCAUCCAGUAAUGGACGAAACUCGAGCGGCGCUGCCCGGCGAGCGGGACGCCGCCGGGUGCGGAAACGCCAACAGAGGGCCUCGGUGCCCGGCGGCGGUGGCGCCCCCAGUGAUGCGGUAGUGCGGCUUGAAAUCAAUAGGUGGCGCUGUAGACCGUAAAUGGGCGCAUAAAAUGUUAUUGAUUGCAGUGGGCAAGUAAACGUGUUGGGCAAAUCGGUUAGCUGUUGAGCGCCGACGGCGGCGGCUGGCGGGCGGCGGCGGCGGGGCGUCAGACGCGCUCAGGCGGCCGGCACGUGCGAGUGUGUAUCGCGGCGCUGGUGGUCGGUUCAGCGAGUGUGCGGCGAUAGAGUGAGGCGGCGUGCGCGUGGGAUGCGUGUGUGCGGAGAAUGUUCUCCGGUAUGAACCCAGCGGCAGCGGCGGCCGCCGCGCGGCACACGGCACCUGGGCAGCCGGGACAGCCGUUCAAAUUCACUGUCUCAGACUCGUGUGACCGAAUUAAAGAAGAGUUCUCAUUUCUGCAGGCGCAAUAUCACAACCUGAAGCUGGAAUGCGAAAAGCUGGCCAGCGAAAAGAUUGAGAUACAGCGCCACUAUGUGAUGUACUACGAGAUGUCCUAUGGACUCAACGUGGAAAUGCACAAACAGGUGAGUUUAUGACGUCCAUAAAUGGCAGCUUUCAGCAGUCUGUGAGUCUUAGAUGUGGCACACUUCAGUCCGUGGACAAUCAAACGAUAGUGACACAGCUUUUGACAACAUCUUAGUUCGUGUCACUUAACAUGUCCCGCAUUUCGCACAUUUUAGUAUGUUCGUUUCAAAUCUAGGCGUGUGUGACGCCAGAAGGUGACACGUUCCAGAACAUGACACUCAAAACUCACAUAAUUAGGUUUGUGACGUCCACUCCGUAACGUAGAUGAUGCUACACACUUCUCUGACGGUCAUACGCCCGCUGAAUGAGACCAGCGCGAAGAUGUGUUUCCAAACACCACUGUCACCUGAACUAUGAGAGCUGAAUUUUUCUGUCACUGCUCAGUGAUUCCUUCCAGUGUUCACAAGACACGAUUUACUUUUCAUCUUUCCCGACAGAGCAUACCUACCCAUAUUCUGGCCACUACUGAGUACAUCCCCACUUGUUGGCCCCCUGUUGAUCGAUACAGAAGCGUUAGCUACAUUGAUUAAUUCCCUGCAAAGAUCAUCCCGUGACGACACUCGGCGCUGAUUUAGGUACUUAGUUUAAUUACUCCAAUAAAACUCAACGCUCUAAUACCCACAAAUGACAUUUAUGAGCCGAUGUGAGCUCUGUUUCCGAGCCAUAAUUCCCGGCAUAUUUCUGGACGAUAAUUCAUCCUUUUCAAAGACGGGCUAAUUUACCGCCGGGCGGCCUGCGUCCCCGCCGGAGUUUCCCGACUUUGUUCCUGCCGACGAUGUCGCAGACCGACGAUAAUUAAACACAGAAAUCCAGCGUCGUUAAUCAGCUGAGUGGUAAUUAUUACUGUCCAGACAAUGCUGAUGACGCCGCAACGUGUGAAAAUAACAGCGGCGACUCCACUGCUGGAAACUGAUAGGGAUAAUUGAAUUAGCUGGGUAGCUGGAAUGCGCUGGCAUUGAUGGCUAGAUUGGGUUCGUCUUUGACGCAGCUUAUUAGUGCUUUGCCGCUCAUGUAAAUGAUGUUCGAGAUAAUCGAUUCAGAUAUGUUUUUGGUAUUAUGCUUAGGUACCUACAUUUCUAAACGACCCAUGCUACCGUUAAAAGAAACUAUAG